GUUUUGCUUUUGGUUUCGUUCUUUGUGAGAGGAAAGAGGCGGCUCUAAUUCCCCAGGAGCUCGGCCGGGGCGCUGCACCGGUGCCGGGCGCAGAAGCUCGGGAGAAUGAGUGAGGGGGCGUCCGGGGCGCUGGUGCAGCUCCGAGGGCUGCCCCACAACGCGUCUGAUGAGCUCGUCACCUUGUACUUUGAGAACCGGCUGCGCUCGGGGGGCGGUCCUCUGCGAGGCUGGCAGCGGUUGGACAGCGGCGGGAUCCUCACCUUCCAAAAGCCGGAGGAUGCCCAGCGAGUCCUGGCCCAGGCUGGUCACGUGCUGCAGGGCACGGCUGUCAGUGUGGCACCUUCUCCACCCCGAGCUCCCCAGCGUCUGCUGCUCUUGGGCCUAAAGCCGGGCAUGACCCCGGAGCUCCUGGAGCUGUAUGUGGAGAGUCUCUUAAGCGCCCAGGGGGAGUGUCAGGCCCUCGCCAGUCCCCGGCCAGACCGGGCCCUGGUACAGUUACCCACGCCUCUCUCGGAGGCAGAGUUUAAAGAGCUGGCUACUAGAUGCAGGGGGAAAACACUGGAUGGUGCAACGCUGGCACUAGCCUGGGUGCCCCGGGCUCGCGCUGUGAGGGUUGUGGGGGGGGAUCAGCCCCCAGCUCCUCUGCUGCUUCAGCUCUACCUGGAGGACGAAGGCCACAGUGGGGGCGGUGCCCUGGAGGGGCUGCGGAUAUUACCCGGAGUCCUGGGAACCGUUGCGACCUUCCAGCAGUGGGAGGUGGCAGAGCGCGUGUUGAGCCGCUAUCACCGCCUUAGCGGAUCGGAGCUAAACAUUGUCCCCCACUAUGAUGUUUUGGAUCCUGAGCUUGACCAAGAGCCUAAAGCUGAGGAAAGAGUGAUACCAGCCUUGGGAGAAAUGAUUUCCACCGAGACACCAGGAGAGAAAGUGCCCAGAGAGAGCUUUGGGGAAAUAGUGCCUGUGGAGAGACCGGAGGGCACAACAGUUGUGAAGGCAACAGGGGUCACAGUACCUGUGGAGAGCGUCAAAGAGACAGUUCCUUUGAAGGAAUCGGUGACUGUGGAGAGACCAGGGGCAAUAGAACCCCUGGGGUGCAUAGUGCCCGAGGAGACCGUGCCAGUGGAGAAAUCAAGAGAGCCAUUAGGUGACCCUGUGCCCAAGAAGGUGGUGCCCGUGGAGAUCCUGGUGCCCAUGGAGCCAGGCGCCCUGCGAUUUUUGCAACUCUAUUACCAGGAGUUUCUCGCUAGUCUUGAGGAAGUGAUCCUCUGCCCAAUACAUGGCCCGAAGGUCACUGGCUUUCAGCUCAGUGGGGCACUGGAGCCAUGCCAGGCUGCCAAAGACUUCCUACAGAGUCUUCUGGGCAGCAUUGGGUCCCAUGUGCUACCUCUGAAACAUCCAGGCAGCCUCUGCUUCCUGCUGGGCACUGAGGGCCAAGAGCUCCUCAGAGCCCUGGAGGCCCAGUUCCAUUGCGCCCUCACAGUGGAGCAGCAGGUGAUGGUGGCCCUUGAUGCAGACCCUACGGAGCUUGACUCCAGGGACCUUCUAGAAUCACCGGCAGGCCGGACCCACCCCUCCCCUGCCCCUAGCAGCACUGUUUUGGACACUUUGGCCGUUCAGAUGGAAGAGAGCAGGAAGUUUCUGGACACCCUGAAGCUUCUAGAUGAAGACUGGCUUACCCUGGCGAUGGAGGAGGGGGUGGCAGCCCCUGGCAGACAUGAGGAAUUACUGAAGGAGGAGGAGGCAGCCCUUCAGGUGGCCCUGCACCGCUCCCUGGAGGAGGAGACCAGGACUCUAAAGCAGGAGCUGAUGCUCUCCCUCCUGGAUGACGCCGAGGGCAGCCAUCUCACUGCCAAUAAUGGAAAACUUGUGGCACACGUCACCCUGGACCAGGACCCCGGGGAGCUGGGCCCAGCUUUGGAGACCGCUCUCAGGAAACAGCUACGAGAGGAGAGGGUGACGGGUGUGGACCAGGACUUACCCCCUGCCCUCUGGUCCUGUCUGGAGAAGCACCACAAUGUGACUAUUACCCUGCAAGGAAACUGUGCUGUCUUAAGUGGCUACGGUCGCCAGCCUUUCUGUGCGGCCAGUCACCUCCGAGAACUGAUGGCUGUCCCUCGGAGCCAGAGCCACACAUCCGCUCCAGGCCCUGCCGGAGCGCAAGUAGUGCCUCUAGAGCUGGAAUGCCUGGCAGAGAGCAGCAAGGAAUUCCAGGAGACGGCCCAAGCUUUUUACGACUCCUUGGACAACCUCUGCAACAAGAUUCGCAUCAUCAAGAUCGAGAGGGUGUCUCUUCCCCUGCUCCAGAGUCAGUAUGAGCUCCAUAAAAAGAAGCUGGCCCAGUCAUGUCCCCAGCACCCUGUUGAACAAAUACUGUAUCAUGGGACCUCUUGGCAAGCUGUGCCUGAUAUCUGCAGCCACGGCUUCAACCGAAGCUUCUGUGGCCGCAAUGCUACUCUCUAUGGGCAGGGGGUGUACUUUGCUGUCCAGGCUAAGAUCUCCGUCGAGGACCUGUACUCACCCCCAGAUGCCAAGGGUCACAAAGCAGUGUUUGUGGCUCGGGUACUGACAGGAAACUAUGGGCCAGGACAUCCACAGCUUCGGGUUCCACCCCAGAGGGAUACCGGACAGGGCAUCCAGCGCUGUGAUAGUGCUGUUGACUUAAUAAGCCAGCCUAGAAUUUUUGUCAUUUUCCACGAUACUCAGGCUUUGCCCAUCUUCCUCAUCACCUGUCAAUGGCAUACUCUAUAGUGACAACUGCAGUGGUACCUCCCCUCCGUCAACUUCCGCUAUUGACUGCUGAAAUGGCCCUAGGACCCACGUACUUCCUUUUUGCCUGAAUCAUCCAGGUCUGGUUUGUGCACAAGGGCCAGGUAGUGUUGAAUGAAAUAAGACAGCAA